AUGAACCUUACUACUUGGCACACAUUUGCGCAGAACGAGUGGCCGACCACUGAUGUUCAUAUCACAACGACGCAGAGUGAGAAGAAGAAGCAUAGAGGAAACAAGAUAAAUUGUGGGAUUUGCAGAAAAGACGUAGAGGUCAAUCGGAAGUGGCUUGAGGUCAUGGAGGUGGGUAUGACGGUCGAGACAAAAGAUAAGGCGGAGAUGCUCGAACAAGAUGACCAUUGUGAGUUUGGAACGAUGAUGAAAGGCUUGUGUUUGCAAGCCUUCAAACCGUUUCAAGACAUCGUCAUGUCAGACGGCUGGGCCGACGUGGACACGUGA